AUGGGUCCCUUUUUUAUCGAAGGAAAUUUGAACGCCGUAAGUUAUGAACAACUUUUGCGAAAUCAAAUUGUUCCAGCUAUCCAGGCCUUAAGAGCUGAUGAUUUUGGAAAUACAUGGUUUCAGCAAGAUGGUGCUCUAGUUCAUUACGGUGUAAAUGUCAGACAAUACCUCAAUGAAACAUCAUUUGAUAGAUGGAUAGGUAGAAGAGAUAAUCUCGAUGUAGAUUCCGAAGAGAAUGAUGAGUUCGUGGUUAUACCUGAUCCAAACAACUCAGGUUCUGAAGGAGAAUAUGACUCAGAUGAUGAGAAUUUGGAAGAAGAAAUCCCAAAACCAAACAUUUCAUACAGAUCUACUUUUCAUAACUAUUCAGCAGUUCAAAAAAAACUAGAACCAGAUCAUGAAUUUUCAUGGUGUAAUUCAGAAAAAGUAUGCCCUGGAAAUGUAGAGAAUGAAUUACUGUUAAGUGAUUCUGUAAAGAAAAAAAUAUGUUCAAUGUCACCUGUGCAGUUAUUUGAACUUUUUUUCUCUAAAGAAAUAAAAAAUUAUAUCAUUGAAGCUAGCGAAGCAAAUGGAUUGGAUUUAUCCGUACAAGAACUUAAUACUUUUGUAGGAAUAUUACUGCUAUCUUCGUACAACAUACGAAAUGAGCUAAGGGAGUAUUGGGAAACUGACCCUCUUGUGAAGUGCUCUGUAGUUUCUUCAGCAAUGAGUCGUGAUAGGUUUUGUGAAAUAAAAACAAAAAUAAAAUAUUCUAAACCUAAAGAUAAAAAUGACCAUGACAAAGCUUGGAAAGUUCGGGAAAUAUUAAAUCUAUUCAAAACAAAUAUUCAACAAUUUGGCUUUUUUAUGACAGCUCUUUCUGUAGAUGGAAUGAUGGUCAGAUUUUUUGGACGUACUUGCCUAAAACGAUAUUUACCUUGCAAGCCUGACAGAUAUGGACUAAAGCUCUGGGGAUUGUGUGGAGCAAAUGGGUAUUUGUUCAAUAUGGACAUUUGCUGUGGUAAAAAUGAUACUAGCAUUGGAAUAAAUUUAGCAUCAUGUCCACUUGGAUCCAGAGUAGUUGUACAAAUGAUCAAUCCUCUUUUACUUGGCAUUUCAAAAAGAAAGCUAUUAGACUAUCACCUCUAUUUCGAUAAUUAUUUCACUAGUCCUGAUUUAAUUGUACACUUGGGCAAAUAUGGAUUGCGAUCGACAGGAACUGUACGCAAGGAUAGAGUGAAAGUAAAGCAUACUUUUGAAAAAAAAGCUCCGCGAGGAACAUUCAAAGUGGAUCAUGACACAAACAGUGGUAUGAACUUUAUUACUGUAAUUGACUCCAAAGAAGUAUCUGUUUUAUCUACAGCAGUUGGUGUUACACGUAUAAAACCAAUAAAAAGGUAUUCACGAACUGCUAAAGAUAGAAUAUAA